CCGCAGCCCGCCCCAGCGACUUGGCGGCGAGCUGUGUCGGCAGCAUGACGGCCAUCGGGGCGCAGGCACAGAGGCUGCUGGCACACAGGAGACCCCAGAAAGCCUUCUUUGAGACCUUCAUCCGGAGCCUGAUCAUCCUGUGCUUGGCCAUCGCUGUGGUCCUCUCAUCCAUCUCUGUCUGUGAUGGCCGCUGGCUCUUGGCGAAGGGAGAGCUCUUUGGGCUGUGGCACUUCUGUGCCAUCGGCAAUGACAGUGCCCCACGGUGCGUCACUGACCUGCGCCUGGCUCGUGUGGAGGGACUCAAUGUGGGCAUGAUCCUCAUCCGCAGCAUGGUGUCCUCCGCCGUGGCCGUGGCUAUCUUUGGCCUGGAGCUCCUGAUGGUCUCCCAAGUCUGUGAAGAUGCCAGCUCAAGAAGGAAGUGGUCCAUGGGCUCGGUGCUCGUCCUCGGCUCGUUUCUGCUGUCGGCCACCGGAGUUCUGAGCUUCCUGAUCCUCAUGAAGGAUCAUCUCACCUUCACGGGCUUCACGCUGACGUACUGGUGUGAGUUCAUUGCCGCCUUCCUCUUCUUCCUCAACGGGAUCAGCGGGCUCCACAUCAACAGCAUAACGCACCCCCGGAACGGGGCAGGGAAGAUUUAGGUGCAAAGGGUGUGCUCUGACUUUGCGUAAUCAGCUUUGCCAAUUAGACUGGAAGAAAAGGGAGCCUAAUGAAGUUUGAAAAGGACACGAUGCCUUAUGUUGCAUGAGCAGCAUGGCAGGCACAGACUAGGGCUGGCUGCCGGCAGCACUCCCUGGCUCUCUGGAAGUGUGAACAGAGGAGGAAACCUCCACUGAGCAUGCCGAGGGCAGCAGGCUGCAGCCUACACCAACAGGCUCAGCCCUGGGCCUUGCCCAGCCUGUGCUGCAGUGGUGCAGUACUGCUGGGCUUUUCCCCACACUCUGGAGCUCACAUGUGAUCCAACUCCAGUGUACCUCAUGGCUUUCUUAUACCUCAGGGAUGGGUUACCUGUGCCUGGCUGUGCAUACUGGCACAGCUUACUGAAAAUCUUUGCUGGGCCCUGCUCCUUUUUUUCCGUUUUGAAAGAGGAGGCAUGCAGACCUCAAUCUGAUCCCAUGUUGUGUUCUGCUGCUGCAUUCCCUGCAUCUGCCCCAUCGUCUGUAGAUUGGUGACCACCCCACAGCCUCAUACAUAGUUUGCUGUGAUGGGACUUUGCUCAUCCUGGGUUCUUUUCCAUCCCCUUGGUUGGGUGGGCACCGUGGCUGGGCAGACCACAUCCUGUCACACACCACUUUGCUGGGAUGUUUCGAUCAUCAGAGUCAAUGUGCAAUGAGCUCAUCCUCUAGGUGAGUCUCUUGUCAUGUUUCUUCUGGGCAGAGAGAACUGUAGGUCCUCCUGGUCAGAACAAGCCCUUGAUUAACCUGGGAGGAAGAGAUGCUGGGAGGAGCUCUGACCUGCCACAGCUGGUGGAAGUCCAUGGAGGCUGGUCACUCCCUGCCAGUGCCCCAGUUAACCUCUGAAACUUAUGCAGCUUUGAAUUUCCUCAUGGUGUCUGAUGAAGACCUCAGCAAAAGACCUCGUCGGUUGUUUGCCCUAUAUGCAUCAAGCCCUUCCCACGUACACUGCUGUUGACUCUGAGAUAAAUGUGCUCAGAGUAUUUGAGGGCCUCUGGUUGAAUGACUUUUGUAUCUGUUGCUAGAACAGCUUGUAUUUCAUUCUAGGACAAGUGAUUCUAUGUGUUUCAUCUCUCUAGUUUGAUAGCUAUUGAGCAAGAUUCUUACUUUCCAUGCAGUUGAACCCAUUUUUUUUACCUGAGACGAAAAUAUUACAGCAGGAAGGCCAUGGGGGGCACAAAUGAGCAGCUUCAAGCUGGAACUGUUUGUAAGCAGUCCUAAGCCUUAGGGCUCGGUCAGGGUUCUUGCCCCAAAGUUGGCAAGGUAAAGUCCCAGAUGGCUGCACCCUGUGGUUAUGGAGUGGCUGAGUGCCUGAAGUCACUGUGCACCAGUUCUGGGGUGGCCGUGCUGGGCAGGAUAAUCCCCCCCUUACCCAGAAACCUGGGUGUUUCCUCACUGAAUGCCUUCCUGGUGGAAUUUGCUAUUGGAACUGAGCUGUCUGUGGGAUGCUGCCUGCAGCCCUGAUCCUGGGGAAGGGUGCAGUGUGCCCCGGCUGGUGCCUUCUGGCUCAGAGGGGGAGAUAGAUGUCAAUUGGCCAUUAUGUUCUUGCAAGACUUUUUGCAAUUGAGAGUGACUUGAAGAUGCCCUCUGCUCCCUGCAGAAGAGCUUUUUUGUUGGGGGUAGGAGUCCUCAAGGGAAAAUACCAAAACUUUUUUUCUGACUGGUUUUGUAUAGUACUGCUUGACUUACCAAUGCGGGGUGAAUGUGCAUUUUGGUGGCGAAACGCUACAAAACAGGGCUGAUUGUCUCGGAGCUGUCCUUACACACAGCAACCUGCAGAGCAGUUAGUGACUGUUCGUUUUCUGAAGCCUGUGGAAGCACCGAGCAAUAAUCCUGAACUUUGUUUAAUAAAUGUCUUUGAAAUAAUGGAAUUGUCAUUCCCUCUUUAUAGCUAGAGGUUGGAAUGCAGGUUUAAGGGCUUGGAGGGGUGAGCAGGGCUAAUGUAGCACCCGGGCACAGUUCUGUGUGUUUACUCAGGAAACAUGUCAGCCUGAUGCUUUGCUGAGCUCCCCCAGAAGGAGAUGUGGCUGCACGGCCAUUGAACAGCCCUUUCCAUUCCCCUCUGUCUCAAACACCAACCCACGCAGCCUGCUUGCUUGUAUUAUGAAACAAGGAGAGGUCAACUGUGUUUUGUGGGAAACAGAGAUAACCUCACAGGCCUGAAUGAUUUCCUGCUGCAUGUGGUAUGUUUACCAGCUAAAGAGCUCCUUCCUGUGUCCUCCGUUUCCCUUUUCCCACACCGCACCCUGUGUCUGGAGCAUCCU